AUGAGGAGGCGAUUUAUCAGGAAAGUGUCCCCCAGCAUCAUCAAAGAGUUGGAUGUUUUCCCAAAAGUUCCUGAUGUGUGCGUCCAAACCUCGAUCAGCGGAGGCACAGUCUCACUGCUUGCCUUCACAUUAAUUGCCAUCCUAGCAAUUGGGGAACUCUCUUAUUUCCAAAACAGCUGGAUAAAAUACAACUAUCAAGUUGACACAACUAUUUCCAGUAAACUCCAAGUAAAUCUUGACAUCACAGUGGCCAUGAAAUGUGACUAUAUUGGAGCAGACAUGAUUGAUCAGACAGAAGCCAGGGUUGGUGAAUCUGGAAACCUUCAGUAUGAGCCAACCUACUUUGAACUCUCAGCAAAGGAAAAAGCCUGGCAGAGAAUGAUGCAAAAUAUUCAACAACAGCUGAACAAGGAGCAUAAUCUGUUGGAAUUCCUUAUAAAGUCAUCAUUUAAUGGAACAACAACAACAAAGAGUCCAAGAGUUGUUGACUCCACAGAUCCUCCAAACGCCUGCAGGAUUCAUGGUUCAAUGAAACUCAACAAAGUAGCGGGGAAUUUCCACAUUCUGGCUGGGAAAUCAUAUGACCAUCCAUUUGGCCAUGCACAUGUACCUGUCACGAAGGAUCCUAAAGUGUACAAUUUCUCUCAUCGAAUUGACCAUUUGUCAUUUGGACCACCGAGCCCUGGAUUAAUCCAUCCACUAGAUGGCAGUGAGAAAAUCACAGAGACAAAUAUGUACAUGUUCCAAUAUUUUCUUGUCGUGGUGGCCACUGAAAUUAACACCUAUAAGUUCUCCACAAACACUCAUCAAUACUCAGUCACGGAGAAGGAAAAAAAACUAACAGGGAUGAGAAAGAAGCAUGAAAUACCAGGCAUUCUGCUGAAAUAUGAUAUUAGCUCUCUUAAGAUCCUGAUAUCUGAAGAAGGAAUGCCAACCAGCCAGUUUCUCAUUCGCCUUUGCGGCAUAGUCGGCGGAAUCUUUUCUACUGCAGGAUUACUACAUGAUGCUUGUGGAUUCAUUAUUAAUCUUCUUUGCUGCCACUGCAAGCCCAGAGAACAGCUGCAAAGGCAAGGAUGAAAUUCUGCCCCAACGAAGCGGCGCCAACAUGAAGCAUACAACGGGCCAUGUAGCCAGAAUCUUUUAGCAAUGCAAUUUUAACACUUGUUGGGGAAAUGGGUGGUUGUUU